UAACCAGUCAUUGUCCUGGGUCUCUGACCAGGUAUUUUGAGUUUUUUGUGGGGUUUGGUUCCUUUUUUCAGAACUCUUGUGUUAAGCCUUUUUAUUUGGUAAUGUUAGUAGGUUGUUAUUUUCCAUUGUGAUGUAUUAUCCUCUGUUUGUAUUCUAAAUUAUCUUCUUUUGUGAUUCCUUUCUGUCUCCCCAUUUCUGUCCCCGUGUCUGUGUGGUCUGUGUCCUUUCUCCAUUUUUGUCUGGUUUCCAUGUUUAAUUCUGUCAAGUCAGUAUGUCUUAGUCCUAGUCCUAGUGUUAGUUACUUCCUGUUUUAUUUUGAUAGGCCUUCAUCUCGUGUGCAUUAAUGUUCAGUUUUGUUUCCCUUAAAUAGAUGGAAUGACUCUAUUUAACCACGACCUCAGACUGUCUGAGGUCUUGGUGGUUAUGAUAGGGAUGAACUGCUGACCCAUGCAAAUGAUUUCAAGUAUCUUAAGACCUUUUAAUAAUUAAAGAUAAAAUGGUGCAAAUGAACUGCUAACACAAAGACAGCAUGCUCCAUCUUUAUUUUUAGUGUAUCCAGUAAUGGAAAACUACCAAUUUAAUUACUUGGCAUCAUUUCAAGUGUCUUUUGAAAAUUGUACUGACAUCAAUUAAAAUGUAAGGUUUAAAAGUAAAUGAGUAUUCUACUACUUUAACACAUCAGAUGAAUUAUACCUCCCGCCCAUGAGGAAAAUUGAUAGCAUGCUCAGUGAACAGAAGAAGAAGUUGUUGAGGAGAGUCAACAUGAGUGCUCAGCACCAGGAGGUUUUACAUAUAUUCCCCAGAAUGACAGCAGAUCCUGUGGAAUCUGGAGAUGUCAAAGUUCACCUUGGUGGGGAGGGCUACAACCGCAAGACUCUCAACCAAGUCAAGAGGAGCAUUCCUAAGCAGCAGGAUAUGAAACUUUCAAUUGAAAUUUGCCAGAUAUACAGUCUGUAUCAUUCUCUUCACCACUACAAAUAUCACACCUUCCUGCAUUGCAAGAAGGAGACGGACAAUAUUGAGCAGGCAGCGGAGGACCCUGGCCAGGAGGAGGUGGUGCAGCAGUGUAUGGCGAACCAAAGCUGGCUUGAGAGCCUCUUCAGUUCUUUCAUGGAACUGCUUACCCUUAGUGCAAAGACCUAAAGGAUGAUCACAACCUCUGCCACCAAAAACAAGCAUCCACCUGCAGUAUUAAGUAGGUGGAGAUGUUCAGAAUGUAUGAAACAAAGCAAUCAGAAACUGUGGAUGACAGAAAUGCAACGAGAAUGGCCCGUUUUUUUUUUUUUAAAGGAAGGUGACCAUUGUAAGUAUUUGCUUUAUUGCUGAAUCCAACUAUUGUACCAAAAUAUGAAGGCUAGUGAACUAUCGGAAUGCAAUGGAUUUCCCCAAAAGUCAAUGACAGAUUAUUUGAUUAGAACUACAAAGGAGACUUUUGUCAGGACUUACACAACAUGGACAUAUAUAUCUGCAAGUUGUCUAGUAUGUAAGUCUGUAAGUAAAAUAUGUAUUUAAUGUGGUUUGUAUAAUUUACACAAAUCCAUUUUUAAAAUGUACUUUUCUCAGAUGGAAUUGUUUGCAGUUCACAUUUUUGAAAAAUGUUUUAUGGUGUCAAACCAAAUGGCCCGUUUGCAAAGCUAAGCUUAAAACGAAUGGUCUAGUGAGAUGAAAGUGAGGUUUAAAAAGACAGUGUGAAUGUCUUUUCCUUCUAUUUGCAUCAGAAAAAAGCAGAAAGAUAAUAUAUUUAAAACAAAAUCAUGAUGUUUCUGUUUGUUCUUCAAGAGAUAAUGAAUGAUUGGGAUUGAUUCCCUUAAUGAAGAACAAUACAAAAAAAUGAAGUACUGCUUUCUUAAAGAAAGUACGAGUUAAAAUGAUGAUAAACCCUUAAUAUCAGUAUUUAAUGUCAUAUUUUUUAUCUGCUUGUUGCUGAGUUUUCCUAUAAGUUGAACUCUCUGAGGAUAUUCUCACAGAGCACUUUUGUUGAUGUGUAAAUAUUGUACAGCUAC